GGAAUAUCAUCAAGAAACUGCCCAGGAAGACCGCCGUCAGCGUGAAAGACACGGCCAUAUUCUGCGUGGAAUUGGAAAACAAGUGCCAGAAAUUCCGAUGGCUGAAGGACAAGGAAGAGCUGAAGGCCAACAGUCGAAUCACCAUCACGUCAUCCGGCAAGGAGCACAGCAUGACCAUCCGGGACUGUAAAAUGGAGGACGCGGGGGAGAUUGUUUUCGUGGCCGAUGAAUGCAGAACAUCAACCCAGUUCACUGUAUCGGCUCCAAAGAAGCCUCCAUCUCAACCCCCCAUUGACCCAGUGGUGAAAAAUAAAACAGAAACCUCAGUGACAUUAGCCUGGUCCCUUCCUAAGAUGGAACACCCCAUCCCCAUUGAUGGAUACUUGGUGGAACGCAAGAAGCUGACGGGGUUCACGUGGCAGAGGUGCCACGAAUCUCUCAUCACGGCAACAGAAUUCACAGUGAGCAACCUUCUCGAAGAGUCUGACUACCAUUUCCGAGUAUCAGCAGUCAACAGCUACGGCCAGAGUGAUUACCUUGAGUUCCCAGGAACUCUGCACCUUGAACCAGUGUUGGCGAUGAGAAUCCCGCUGAAAACUGUAGAGGUAGCCCCGGGCCGGGAUGCUACAUUUAUUGUCGACCUCACGAAGGUCUGUUCCGGCUCGUGGUAUCUCAACGGCAAAGUCUUGCAGAACAGCGAUAAGUACAUCAUUACCAGAACCCAAACGACCCACAGCCUCACUAUCAAGAGGGUGACGAGGAGCGACAGGGACGCAGAGGUGAAGUUUGUCACCAACGGUAUCGAAGCCACGGCCAAGAUAAGACUGCGAGAAGAAGCAGCCAAGUUCCUGGACACAGUCGGAUCAGCCCCUGGUAUUUCAGUCAGGCUGUCUGAGAAGUUUGAACUGGUGUGUGAGGUGUCGUCAGAACACGAUUCUGUGGUGUGGAAGAAGGGUCCGAAGGAGAUUAGGCCGGACGAGAGAACGGCAUACACCAUGCGGGGAACGCAACGGAAACUCACUGUCAGGGACGCCAGGCGACAGGACGAAGGGGUCUACACCUGUGAAACCAAGGACGACAAGAUAACAUUCCACGUUGAGGUGAAAGAGCAUGAGGAGGUCUUUUCCAACAAGGAGAAGGUCCAGCAAGAGGUGAAGGCCGCCGUUUUGGAGAACGCCUCCCUCAGCUGCGAGGUCUCACAAACCGAUACAGAAGUGAAGUGGUUCAAGGAUAGGAAACUGAUCACCUCCAGCAAGAAAUUUAGGGUAGAAUCCGAAGGCAGAUCCCGACGGCUGAUUGUGCAGCAGGUGGAGAAGAAGGAUGCCGGGGAAUACACCUGUGAGGCCGCUGGCCAAAAGCUGACCUUCAGAGUCAUUGCGACAGAAGCCGCGGAUGUGUUUGCCAACCAGGAGAAGGUGCAGCGGGAAGUGGAGGCCAUCCUUUCACAGAACACCUCCCUCACCUGUGAGGUGUCCCAGGCCAAGACAGAAGUGAAGUGGUUCAAGGACGGGAAGCCGAUUACUUCCAGUAAGAAGUUCACGGUCGACUCCGAAGGCAAAUCCCGACGGCUGAUUGUGUACCAGGUGGAGAAGAAGGAUGCUGGGGAAUACACCUGUGAGGCUGCUGGCCAGAAGCUGACCUUCAAAGUCACUGCGACAGCUGGAGAACCCGAGGAAGUCUUUGCCAGCAAGGAGAAGGUGCAGAAAGAGGUGAAGGCCGUCCUUUCCAUUGACGCCUCCUUCAGUUGCGAGGUGUCCCGGGCCGAGACGGAAGUGAAGUGGUUCAAGGAUGGGGUGCGGAUCACCGCCAGCAAGAAAUUCAGGACGGAAUCCGAAGGCAAAUCCCGACGGUUGGUCGUGCAGCAGGUGGAGAAGAAGGAUGCCGGGGAAUACACCUGUGAAGCCGCGGGCCAGAAACUGGCCUUCAAGCUUAACGUUGCGGAAGCCCCGGACAUAUUUGCGAAUAAGGAGAAGGUGCAGAAAGAGGUAAAGGCCGUUCUGAAGGAGAGCACCGUCUUGGCCUGUGAAGUCGCGUCUGCUGAGACGCAGGUGAAAUGGCUCAAGGAUGGGAAGCCCCUCAGCUCCAGCAAAAAAUUCCGCACAGAGACGGACGGCACCUCCCGGAAACUGGUCCUCGAGCAGGUGGAGAAGAGAGAUGCCGGGGAGUACUGUUGCGAAGCCGCCGGCCAAAAACUGACUUUCAAGGUGGAAGCUGUAGAACCGGAGCCAAAAUUCCAGAAGAAAACUGCCCAGGAGGAGCCGAUGGUCAUUCAGGAACAUAAGAGCAUCAGCCUGACGGCAACGGUCGUGCCCGAUAACGCUGAGGUCAAAUGGUGCAAGGAUGGAGCCGAGAUAAAGAGCAACAAGAAGUAUGAGAUUAGAAAAGAGGGGGCCUCUCGUUCCCUGACUGUGAAGCUGGCGGAGGAGAAGGACACGGGCGUGUACACGUGUGAGACCAAGGGUGAUAAGCAGCAGUUCCAGGUGGAAGUUCAAGAAAUUCCAGUGAAGUUUGCCAAGAAGUUGGAGCCCGUUAAGGCGGAGAUCGGAGGGACCCUGACUCUGAGCUGCGAACUGAACCAGACCAGGGGCGAAGUCGUCUGGCGCAAGGACGGAGUGGAGCUGAAAGCUAAUAAGCGCUACCAGAUGCACGAGAUCGGUGAAAAACGUGUCCUGGUGGUGACGGGGCUUCGGACGGAAGACAAGGGAGAAUACUGCUGUGAAGCGAGGGAUGAGAAAUGCAGCGUUCAUGUGACCCCCAUAGUGCCCAGAGUGGUGAAGUUUGUCAAAGGCCUCCACAACAUCGUGGCGGAAGAAGGCAAGGAGGCCGUCUUCAAGUGCACGGUCUCCCCCCGCGACGCAGCCGUCACGUGGAGCCGCAACAGAACCAAAAUCGAGGCCAGUAAGAAAUACUUGAUCGCCCAGAAGGACACCAGCCACAGCCUCACCAUCACCAACUUGGCCCUGGAGGACUCUGCUGACAUCACCGCAGAAGCGGAAGGGGUGGAGAGCAAAGCGACCCUCAAGGUUGAAGAGGCCCCGGUAUUAUUCGUGAAGAAACUGGAGACCAAAUCUGUCGAGGAGAAGGACACAGUGACCCUCGAAGUGGAGCUAAGCAAGCCCACCGCAGAGGUGAGGUGGAUGAAGAACGGCAGCGUGCUCCAUCCAGACGCCAACAUGGAGGUCAAGGCGGAUGGGAAAAAGCACCGUCUGGUGAUUAAAAGCGCCACCUAUGCGGACCGGGGCUUCUAUUCCUGCGAGACCCUCCAUGACAAGACCCAGGCAAAAGUAAACGUGGAAAUGAGGCCCAUCAAGCUGGUGAAAGGCUUACAGCAGGUGGACGUCCACGAGAAGGAGUGUGCCACAUUUGAGGUGGAACUGUCGCACGAGAACGUGGAGGCCACCUGGAUGAAAGACGGCUUGAGGCUGAAAUCACAGGACAACUGCCGGAUCGGCGUCCAGGGGAAGAAGCAUUCGAUGACUCUCUCUUCCCUGGCACUGGAGGACUCGGGAAUUGUCUCCUUCAAGGCCGAAAGUGUUCACUCGACAGGCAGACUGAAUGUGACAGAACGGCCGGUAAAGAUAACCAAGCCCUUAGCAGACGUCAAAGUUCAGCACAAGGAGGACGUGACCCUUGAGUGUGAAGUCUCCAGGACUAACGCAAACGUGAAGUGGCGGAAGGAUGGGAUCGAGCUACGGCCAAGUAAAAAGCUGGUAAUGAUUUCCCGAGGGACAAAAAGGAGCCUCACGAUACACAAGUGUGAAUACGAAGACCAAGGGAAAUACAUGUGCGACGCCGUCGAUGACAAGAGUUUGGCUACUUUGGAGGUCCAGGCUCGAGAUAUCAAGAUUGUGAAGCCCUUGGAGGACGUGGAAGUCAGUGAAAAGGAGAGCGCGUCUUUCCUCUGUGAAAUCUCCCACGACGACGUACAAACCCAGUGGUACAGUAACGAAAGCAAAAUCCGGGCUGGAGACAACGUCAAGCUGCGUCAAGAAGGGAAGAGUUACGCCCUCGUCUACAAAAGCGUGGAGGUGCAGGAUUCUGCAGAGAUCAAGUUCAUUGCGGAAACCGCGGAAUCUCGAGCGCAAUUGAGAGUGAAAGAACUGCCCGUAAAGAUUAUAAAACCUCUCCGCAUCAAGAUCGCUCUCGAGAAACACCGGGGCUUUCUGGAGUGCCAGGUGUCCCGCCCCAAUGCUGAGGUCACAUGGUACAAGAACAACCAAGAGAUCUUUGCAAGCCAGAAGUAUGAGAUUGUAAGCGACGGGGUCUUCCGGAAGCUGAUCAUCAAUGACACGGAGUUUGAUGACGAGGAUAUUUACACCUGUGACGCCAUCGACGAUCAAUGCAGUGCUCAGUUCUACGUGGAAGAGCAAUCAAUAAACAUCGUGAGGGAGCUGAAGGACGUGGAGGUAACAGAGCCAGCGGAAGCCAGGUUCGAGUGCGAGAUCUCCAUCCGGUCCGUCAGGCCCCCCAAGUGGUCUCUCCGCGGAGAGCUCCUGCAGCCCGGCAAGGACGUCGUGAUAGAGCAAGAGGGGACCGUCCACCGCCUCAUCCUGAAGAAGACCGACGUGGACAUGACGGGCACCAUCCAGUUUGCCCUUGGCAAAGCGAAGUCCUUGGCAAACUUGGUCGUGAAAGAUCUCCAAGUGACCAUUACCAGACCCCUAGAAGAUAAGGUUGUUCUGGAAACUCAUUCAGUUGUCCUCUCCUGUGACUUCAAGCCUUCGCCAAAGACUGUGGAAUGGUAUAAAGACCACACUCUCAUUGAGCCUUCGGAGAGGUUUAAACCAAAGAGAGAUAAGAAUAUGGCAGAACUCAAGAUCUUGAGGCUCAAUAUCGGAGACUCUGGUGUCUACAAAUGCAAAGCUGGGAGUGCAGAGACCAAAGCCAAGCUCUCUGUCUUGGAAAUCGAAGAGGAGAGCUGUGCCGUUUUCAUCUGUGAGCUGUCCGAGGACAACGAGGAAGUGGAAUGGUUCCUCAACGACACACAUCUUUACCCCAACAACUUCAACGAGAUCAAGUGCGUGGGCAAGUGUCAUUCCCUGACACUGAAACAUGUCAUGCCAGAAGACGCAGGGACGGUGACAGUCAAGGUGCAGAAGCGGUUCUCUGAGAGUGCCCGACUGAAGGUGAAAGAGAAGCCCGCCGUCUUCAUGAAAUCGCUAGAUGACGUCGUCGGGGAGGAACGUGGUACAGUCACUCUGGAGUGCGAGGCCUCCAAGCCAAAGGUCAAGCCCGUCUGGAAGAAGGAGGGUGUUGAACUCUCCCCCGGAGACAAAUACGAGAUGCUGCAGGCCGGGAAGACGCUGGGCCUCACCAUCCACAACCUGAGCAAGAGCGAUGCUGGCUUGUAUACGUGUGACCUCGGCACCGAGGUCGCCAAGUCAAAAGUCAGUGUUCAAGAGCUGAAUAUUGGCAUCACGAAGCGUCUAAAGAAUGUCGAAGUCUUGGAAGGAGAGAGCUGUAGCUUUGAAUGUGUUCUCUCCCACGAAAGCGUGGAGGACUGCCAGUGGCUGGUCAAUGGAACUGAAGCGGGCCAGGACGGACGGAUCAGAGCUUUCAACAAAGGGCGGAAGUAUACCCUCAACAUCAAAAAGGCCCGGCCUUCUGACGCGGGAGACGUGGUUUUCUCGGUCCGCGACCUGAACUCCAAAGCCAGUCUAGUUGUGAAAGAAAAGCCGGCUGAAUUUACAAAGCAGUUGGAGGACAAGACCGCAUCUGUGGGUCAGGAGGUCAGCCUGAGCUGUGAAACAUCCAAGUGGGACGGCAACAUCAAGUGGUGCAAGGACGGAAAAGAGAUCCGGAGGAGCCAAAAGUUCGACUUGCGCCAGGAGGGAACUAGGGCCAUAUUGAUCAUCCAUGACGCUUCGGUCAAGGAUAGUGGAGUGUACACGUGUGAGACGGAGAUUUCCAAAACCAAAGCCACCCUGAUGGUGGAAGAAAUGGGGAACUGCUUCAUUAAAGAUCUCACAGAUCUAAAGGUGGACGAAAAUAAAAGAGCUGUUUUCACGUGUGAAACCAAGAAGCCAGCUUCCACAGUGACGUGGAGGAAAGGAAUUGCUGAUCUGAAGGCAAGCAAGAAAUAUGAGAUCACCCAGAAGGCCAAUGUCCUGCAGCUCACAGUGGAUGAACUACAGGAAAACGACAGUGACAUCUACACAUGUGACAUUGGCGAUUCUCAGUCGAGUGCCAAAUUGGUCGUGCAAGUUCUGCCGGUCGCUAUCGAACGAGAACUGCAGAACAGGGAAACGAAGGAAGGAAGCAAGGUCCGACUCUCCUGUGAGCUUAGCAAACCGGACCUGCCGGUACAGUGGACGAAAGGAAACGAAGUUCUACAAGAGGGCGACAAGUAUGAAUUUAAGCAGCGGGGCACCGUGGCAGAGCUCGUGAUUCGGGACGCAAAGCCCACCGAUGCAGGAGAAUAUACUUGCAGCACUGGCGAGCUCAAGACAACUGCUCGUCUCGAAGUCACGGCGGCACCGGUCCUUUUUAAGGAAGAGCUCAAGGAUGUGGAAAAGGAAGAGGGGGACGCCGUAACCCUCCGCUGUGUCCUUGCCAAAUCCGACUCUUCUGUUUCCUGGAAGAAAGGGACGACCGUCCUCCGGUCUGGUGAGAAGUACGAGAUGAAGCAGGAGGGGUGUGUGGCGGAAAUGGUCAUUCACGAUGCAGAGCCGGAGGACGCCGGGAGAUAUUUCUGUGUCACCGGAGAGCAGCAGACAACAGCGCAGGUCAAAAUCCACGCUGUGCCUGCCCGUUUCAAAGAACCGCUGAAGAACAUGGAAGCCGUGCAAGGGGGAUCAGUCACUUUGUGCUGCGAGCUGAACAAGUCCGCUCCAGUGGAGUGGAUGAAGGGGCGCAAAGGCCUGAGGCCCAGCAGCAAAUACAGGAUGAAGAAAGAAGGGGCCGUGGCCGAGCUGACCAUUCAAGAUCUGGACCUGAAGGAUGCUGGGGAUUACACCUGUGCAUCUGGAGACCAAAAGACAACAGCUGUCUUAACGGUGAACGCCCUGGCGGCGCAGUUCAAAAAAGAGCUCAAGGACGAGGAAGCGACCGAGAGCGGGACGGCCACUCUGCACUGCGAGCUGACCAAGGCCGUCGACUCCGUCGAGUGGAUGAAGGAUCAGAAGGUGCUGAAGCCCAGCGACAAGUUCAGGAUGAGGAUAGAAGGACGUUUUGCCGAGCUCACCGUCCAAGACCUGGAGUUGACGGAUGCUGGAAGCUACACCUGUGUGUGCGGAGACCAGAAGACCACUGCGGCUUUGAAAGUGAAUGCCUUGCCUGUUUUCUUCCAAGAAGAGCUCAAAAACACAGAGCUGACGGAGGGUGAGACAGCCGCGUUGCAUUGCAGGCUGAGCAAGGCCGCCCCGGUGGAAUGGCAGAAAGGGCACAGGGCGAUCAAGCCAGGUGGCAAAUACCAAAUAAAGCAGGAGGGGGAGUCUGCUGAGCUGGUGAUCCGUGACUUGGAGGGGACGGAUUCGGGAGAAUACACUUGUACUUGCAGCGGGCAGAAGACGAGCGCGACCCUGACAGUGAACGUCCUCCCUACCCUUUUCACCAAGCCCCUGAAGGACGAGGAAGCCACGGAGGGCAAGAGCGUCACUCUGCGCUGUGAGCUGAACAAAGCCUCCGCGGCCGUCGAGUGGAAGAAAGGACACAAGACCCUCAAGCAGGGCAGCAAAUACAAAACGAGGCGCGAAGGCGCCGUCGUUGAGCUGGUCAUCCAAGCCCUGGAAGUAUCAGAUUCUGGAAGUUACAGCUGUGUGUCCGGAGAACAGCAGACCGUGGCAUCUUUAGAAGUCAAGGCCCUGCCUGUGCUAUUCAAAGAAGGACUCAAGAACAGGGAGGCCGUAGAAGGCUCCACGGCCACCCUGCGUUGUGAAACGACCAAAGCUGGGGCUGACGUGAAGUGGAGGAAGGGGGCCGAGACCCUCAGGCCGAGCAAUAAAUACCGAAUGAAGCAGGAAGGCGGUGAAGCUGAACUGCUGAUCCGCGAUCUCCAGGCAGAGGACACGGGAGAUUACACCUGUGUUUGCGGAGACCAGAAGACGACGGCUGUCUUGACCGUCCACGCUUUGCCUGCACGUUUCCAAGAAGAGCUCAAAAGCAAGGAAGUGACGGAAGGUGGAUUGGCCAACCUACGUUGCGAACUCAGCAAAGCUGCACCGGUGGAGUGGACGAAAGACGGGAAGCCGCUAAAGCCCGGUGACAAAUAUACAAUGAAACAAAAAGACACCGUCGCUGAGCUGACGGUGCAUGAUGUCACUGAACAGGAUGCCGGAGACUAUACUUGUGUGUGCGGAGAUCAGAAGACGUCUGCGUCUCUAACCGUGCAUGCCCUCCCUCCACGUUUCAAAAAAGAACUGAAGAACGUGGAGGCUGCCGAAGACGGAACGGUGACCCUGCGAUGUGAGCUGACCAAGGCAGCUGCUCCGGUGGAGUGGAGGAAAGGCAGCGAGGUUCUCAGGCCGAGCGACAAAUACAAAAUGAAGCUGGAAGGGACCCUCGCCGAGCUGGUCAUCCACAGUUUGGAACUGGCCGAUGCCGGAGAUUACAGCUGCGCGUUUGGAGAAUGGAAGACCAUGGCCUCCUUGACCGUGAAGGCCCUCCCUGCCCUCUUCAAGAAAGGCAUGGAGAACCAAGAGGUUUCGGAAGGCGAGAGUGUCGCUUUCCGGUGCGAGCUGACAAGAGCCGCUCCCGUCGAGUGGAAGAAGAAGCACAAGACGCUCCAGCCGAGCGACAAGUACGAAAUGAGGCAGGAAGGCACAGUCUCGGAGCUUGUGAUCCACGGUCUAGAACUUAAAGACGCUGGGGACUACUCCUGCCUGUGCAGUGACCAAAAGACGACUGCAGUGCUGGCUGUCCGUGCCCUGCCCGUGCUUUUCAAAGAAGAACUAAAAGGUGUUCAGGCCACAGAAGGCGAGGCCGCCACUCUGCGCUGUGAGCUGAGCAAGGCGGCUCCGGCGCAGUGGAAGAAGGGCCGCAAGUUGCUGAGGCCCAGCGCAAAAUACAAAAUGAGCCAGAAGGACACGGAGUUAGAGCUGGUGAUCCAGAACCUAGAAGAGGAGGACUCUGGUGAUUACACCUGUGUGUGUGGCGACCAGCAGACCACGGCUGCCGUAUUAGUACACGUUCUGCCGGCCCUCUUCAAAGAGGACCUGAAGUCUCAGGAUGCCACGGAAGGCGCCACAGCCACACUGUGCUGCCAGCUGACUAAGGCUGCUGCCGUGGAAUGGAUGAAGGGCCAACAUGCGCUUAAAGCCGGCGAGAAAUAUAAAAUGAGCCAGGAAGAUUUGCUCGUUAGGCUGGAGAUUCGAGAGGUGGACCUGGAGGAUACCGCUGAAUAUUCCUGCAUCUGUGGGGGUCAGAAGACAGCCGCUUUCUUGUCCGUGCACGCUCUGCCUGCUCGUUUCAAAAGCAUCCUGAAGAAAAAGGAAGCCACGGAAGGCGACAUGGCGACACUGCGCUGUGAAUUGACCAAGGUCGCGGCUGUGCAGUGGGAGAAGGAGCACCGCGUGCUCCGAGCGAGUGAAAAGUAUUCCAUGAGACAGGAUGGGGUUAAGGUCGAGCUGACGAUCCAUCAGUUGGAGCUUCAGGAUAUGGGCGAUUACACCUGUGUGUGUGGCGACGAGCAAACCACAGCAUCUUUGACCGUGAACGCUCUCCCUCCAUUUUUCAAGGAAGAGUUAAAAGAUGAACAGGUUUCGGAAGAAGGCACAGUCACUCUACGCUGCGAACUGAGCAGAGAGGCUCCAGUGAUGUGGAAGAAAGGGCACAGCCUGCUUAAAGCGGGUGAUAAGUAUACAAUGAUGCAGCGAGGAACGACUGCAGAACUGACUUUCCAUCGUGUGGAAGAGCAAGAUGCCGGAGAAUAUAGCUGUGUAUGUGGGGACCAGAAGACAACAGCUGCCUUAACUGUACAUGUCUUGCCUGCCCGUUUCAAAGAAGAAUUGGGGAACCAAGAGGUCACCGAAGGGGACGCUGCUGUUCUUUGCUGCGAUCUGACCAAGAUGGCUCCAGUUGAGUGGAGAAAGGGAGAUCUGGUUCUCAGACAGAGCGAGAAAUACACCAUUAAACAGGAAGGCGUCAUUUCAGAGCUGGUGAUCCACAACUCCGAUGAGAAAGACACUGGGCGGUAUACCUGCGUUUGUGGAGACCAGCAGACUACUGCUACCCUAAAAGUCAAUGCCUUGCCUGCCCUUUUCAAGGAAGAGAUGUGCGCUCAGGAAGCCACAGAAGGUGAAACAGUCGCUUUGCGUUGUGAGUUGACGAAGCCUGGUGCCACAGUGCAAUGGAAGAAGGAGCGUGAAGUCCUCAAACCUAGUGACAAGUGCUUCAUUAGACAGGAAGGUCCAAUUGUUGAGUUGGUGAUAUCGAAUGUGGAUCUGAAGGAUGCCGGAGAAUAUACUUGUGUUUGUGGAGACCACAAGACAACAGCCACCUUAGCAGUCCAUGCCCUCCUGCCACAAUUCAAAACAGAAUUGAAGGACGUGGAAGCCACGGAAGCUGGAACAGCCACUCUGCGGUGUGAGCUCACCAAGGAUGCUCCCGUGGAAUGGAUGAAGGCAGACAAGAAACUAGCUGAAAGUGACAAAUACCGAAUCCGACAGCAAGAUACCACUACAGAGCUGGUGAUCCGUGAUUUAGAUAUUCAGGACGCUGGGCAUUACACCUGUAUAUGUGGAGACCUGAAAACCACAGCGGUCUUAACAGUGAACGCCCUCAAGCCUGAAUUCCAGCAACGUCUUAAGAACCAGAAAGCCGAAGAAGGUGGGACGGCCAAGUUGCGUUGUGAGGUAACAUUGGCGAAGGCCACAGUGGAGUGGCGAAAAGAUGGCGUGGUUCUUCAAUCUGGCCCUAAAUAUGAAAUCGGAGAAGAAGGUACCAUCCGUGAGCUGCUCAUUCACGAUCUGGAACCUAAAGACAGCGGAGAAUAUUCGUGCAUUACCGGGGAUCAGACAACAUCUGCCACUCUGACAGUGAAAGGACUCGACAUCACCAUCAUCCGGGGUCUGAAGAACGCUGAGGUGUUUGAGGAGGAAGACGCGACCUUUGAGUGCAAAGUUUCCCACGACAAUGCAAAGGACGUGGAGUGGAAGUUGCAGGAGGCCUCCCUCCAGAGCAACGAGAUGAACGAGAUCUCGGUCGAAAAAGGCAGGGUCCACACCCUGCGGCUGAGGAAGGUCACGCAGCAGGAUUCUGGGACUGUCACCUUCCGAGUCGGACCAUACACCUCCACAGCACAGCUCACAGUGAAAGCACCACUUCCCUUCUUUAAAGAAAAGUUGGAGAACAAAGAGCUACAAGAGGACAGUACGACCAUCCUGAAAUGCGAAGUCUCCCAGCCCAACGUCUCGGCGACAUGGAAAAAAGGCACCCAGGUGAUUUCUCCGAGCCCCAAAUAUGAAAUCAAACAAGAAGGAACGACGCAUACCUUGAAGAUUUACGACCUGAAAGUGGAAGAUUCGGGCAAAUACACCUGUGACAUCGGAAACGAGAAGACCGUGGCCAUGGUGGCAGUCGAAGCCCUUCCAGCUCUCUUUGAAGCCGAGCUGGAGAAUCAAAAUGUGGAAGAAGGCGAGACGGUUACCCUCCGGGCUCAGCUCUCCAAGCCCAACGUGCCCAUGAGGUGGAGCAAAGGCUCGGCCAAACUGCGAGCCAGCGAGAAGUAUGAGAUGAGGCAAAAGGGUUCGACGGUCGAACUUCUCAUCCACAACACUCUGCCCGAGGAUUCCGGGGACUACACCUGUGACUCUGGCGACCAGCAGACCACCGCCUCAGUGCUAGUAAAAGCUCUGCCAGUGCUUUUCAUUAAGCCUCUUGAGAACCAGGAGGCAGAAGAGGGUGGCACCGUCACCCUGAGCUGCGAGAUCUCAAAAGAUGGCGCAUCUGUGCAGUGGAAGAAAGCAGGGUCCCUGCUACGCCCCAGUGACAAGUACAAGAUGAAGCAGGUGGGAGCGGUGGUGGAACUGACCAUCUGCAAACUGAGCGCCUCCGACGGUGGGGAAUACACUUGUGACACCGGAGACCAGAAGACCACCGCGGCUCUGCUCGUGAAAGAGCCACCAGCCACCGUAGUGGAAGCCUUGAAAGACAUCACCUUGUUUGAAAGCGAAGAUGCCGUAUUUCAGUGCAGAGUCUCUCGGGAGAAGGCCAAGGAUGUGCAGUGGAGCCUGGGGACUGUGCCGCUCCAGUCCAACGAAAUGAACGAAAUUGGGGUUCAAGGGAAGCUUCACACUUUAACCCUCCGGAAGGUGACACUGGAAGACACCGGAGUGGUCAUUUUCAGAGUGGGUCAACAUUCGUCUGAGGCCCGGCUGACUGUGCAGCCUGCCCCGGUCAUCUUCAUAAAGCAGCUGGAGAAUACUGAAGAAGAAGAGAAUGGCACAGUCAUCUUCCGCUGUGAGGUUUCCAAGUCCGGCGCCCAUGUGGAAUGGAAGAAAGGUCUCUCUGUCAUCCAGCCUAGCCAGAAGUUUGAAAUCAAGGCAGAAGGAAAUGCCCACAUCUUGACAAUACACGACAUAGUCCCCGAAGACUCGGGAGAAUACAGCUGCAGUACGGCUGAUAGGACAACCACGGCCAGGCUCAAGGUUAAAGAAACGGUCAUCUUCAUAAAGCAGCUGGAGAAUGCUGAAGAAGAAGAGAAUGGCACGGUCAUCUUCCGCUGUGAGGUUUCCAAGCCCGGCGCCCGUGUGGAUUGGAAGAAAGGUCCCUCUGUCAUCCAGCCUAGCCAGAAGUUUGAAAUCAAGGCAGAAGGAAAUGCCCACACCUUGACAAUACACGACAUAGUCCCCGAAGACUCGGGAGAAUACAGCUGCAGUACGGCUGAUAGGACAACCACGGCCAGGCUCAAGGUUAAAGCCCUCCCCGUGCUCUUCAGACGCCGUCUCCAAAACAAGGAGGUCGAGGCAGGGAGUACGGUGUCGUUGUGCUGUGAGCUGACCAAGCCCAUGGCUCCAGUGGUGUGGAAGAAAGGGAGAGUGGUCCUUCAGUCCAGUGACAAGUACGAGAUCAGGCAAGAAGAGAACUUUGCGGAGCUUCUGAUUUACGACGUGGAAGCCCUGGAUGCUGGGGACUAUACCUGUGACUCAGGGGACCAACAGACCACUGCCACCUUGCAAGUCAAAGUUCUGCCAGUUCUCUUUAAAGAAGAGUUGCAGAAUGUGGAAUCGGAAACAGGUGGACAAGCCAUCUUGCACUGUGAGAUCUCGCAGUCUGGGGCUCCUGUCGAGUGGAGGAAAGGCGCCCUGGUCCUCCAGCCGAGUGCCAAGUAUGAGAUGCGCCAGAAAGGCACCAGCAUCGAGCUGAUCAUUCACGAUGUCGAGCCCGAGGACUGCGGGCCCUACACUUGCAGCACCGGAGAUGAGCUAACUACGGGAGCAGUCUAUGUGCAAGAAGAGGAAGUGCAGAUAGUUUCUGGCUUAACGAACACAGACGUCUUUGCGGGCGAAUCGGCCACUUUCAGCUGUGUGCUCUCGCGCUCCGGCGUGAAGAACGUGCAGUGGUGGCUGGACGGAUCUCCCCUUCAGAGCAGCCCCGUGAACGAGAUCUCUGUGCAAGAUGGGAAAACUCACACUUUGACCCUAAAGGACCUGGGCCCGAACGAUUCGGGAACUGUGACCUUCCGGGCGGGCCCUCUCCUAUCCUCCGCUAAAUUGUUAAUCAAAGAUCCAACCAUUGAGGUGGUCAGUCCCAUGCAGGAUAUUACCGUCGACGAAGAUGACAAAGCGGAAUUCGUCUGCCAGUACUCUCGGCCUGUGCAGGCCACGUGGAAGAAAAAUGACCAGGAGGUUCACGCCGACGGCCAGCGCAUCGUCACUGAGCAAGACUGGAAUGUGGCCAAGCUGAAAUUUAAGCCUGCUCUACCAGGGGACACCGGCAUCUAUGCAUGCGAGGCCGGCGGCACUAAAGUGGUGGCUAUGCUUGAUGUUCAAGCCAAGAACACGAUUGUCCAGGGCCUAGAGAACGUCGAGGUCGUGGAAGGAGGUGAAGCCCUGUUCGAAUGUUACCUUUCCAAGCCAGAGUGCUACAAUUAUAAUUGGCUGAUUGACGACGAACCGGCGAAAACUUCUGAAAAUGUCGAGAUGGUCUACUUUGAAAACGGACUGCGGCAUCUCCUCCUCUUGAAGAACCUGACGCCCCAAGACAGCUGCAGGGUGACUUUCCUUACGAGUGAUGUCGUGACAUCUGCGUUCUUGACUGUAAAAGGAUGGCGCCUGGAGUUUCUGCAGCCAUUGACUGAUAUUAUGGUCACUGCUGGAGGCCGAGCCAUCUUCAGCUGCGUCUUAAGCGAAGCGGUGCCCGUUAACGAGGUUGCUUGGUAUAUUAAUGAUGUGGAUAUCCAGCCGGAUGGCAACUGGGAAAUCCAGGCUGAUGGGAACAGCUACAAACUCAUACUGAGGAACGCUCAGCCGCGUCACUCUGGGGAGGUGACGUUUGCCGCGAGGGACGCCAUUGUGUCUGCCAAGUUGUCUGUCAUUGAGUCUUCAACUGGAGUCACUCAGCCUUUGUUUGACAAGUCCGUUGCGGAGGGGCAGAAGGCACGCUUGGAGUGCGAGUUGUCCAAAGAAUCCCAGGACAUUGUCUGGUUCAAAGGAAAAGAACCAGUCCAGCCUGGAGGAAGAUAUGAGCUUAUCUCUGAAGGCAAGAAACAGACGCUCGUCAUUCAUGACUUUAAAACGGAAGAUCAAGGAUCUUACACCUGCAUGGCCUCUCCUGAUAUAAAAACUUCGGCCAAAGUUUCUGUCGAAGCGUCAAAGUUAAAACAGGCCAUUGAGGAAACUCCCAUUGCUAAGGAGCUGGGCGAGAUGGUAGACGGGCAGCUGCAACCCAGUUUGCCACCCGAAGCUGCUCAGGAGGGCGACCUUCACCUCCUGUGGGAAGCUGCCACUAAGAAGCGUCGGAUGAGUAGGGAGCCGACCCUCGACUCCAUCAGCGAACUGCCAGAAGAAGACGACAAACUUCAGAAACGGAAGAAGGAAGAGGCUGAGAGAGCCCCCUACUCAGAGGAAUACUCCACUUGUGACGAGUCGACGAGAGCAGGAGAAGCAGACUUCUCUUUCACCAGUUCGGACGACGAGUCGAGAGCUGGGACUCCUUCCCUCACUAGCUACCUCAAACAGGCUGGCUCGGUCAGUGUUGCCGGCAAAGUCCAGACGGUCUCUUCGGGGAAAGUGUGGGAGAAGACAAGCAUCAAAACGACCGAGCGAGCCCCUGCCGCCAAGCCAGCCGAGCCAGAAGUCCUAGAAGGAGACUUGGAUGACCCUUCCAUGGCCCAAGCGGCCGUCAAGAUUCAGGCCGCUUUCAAAGGCUACAAAGUGCGGAAGGAGAUCAAGCAGCAGAAGGAAUGCCCUGUCUUUGCCGAGACCUUCAAGGACUUUUCGGGCGAGCCAGGAGGCAACCUUCAUCUGGAAUGCGUGGCCCAGAGCAAAACAGAUAUGGUGGUCUGCUGGCUGAAAGACGGCGACGAAAUCCUAGACGGGCGCCAUUAUCAUAUAGACAAUUACAGCGACGGGACCUGCUCCCUGAUUAUCACCGGCCUGGAGUUGAACGACGUCGGCAAGUACACAUGUGAGGCGUCGAAUAAAUUCGGCAAGGUCUCCCACAGCGCCAAGGUCGUGGUGAGCGCCCCGCCUCCAGCACCCCAACGCAAGCACAAACCGACCAGGAAGCCUGCCGAGAGCGAAACGGAGAGCUCCUCCGGCAGCGAGUUGGACGACGCCUUCCGAAAAGCAGGGAGGAGGCUUCACAAGCUGUUCAAGUCCAAGAUCUCCACCGAGAUUUCGGACGUGGAGGAGGAGCUCUUUGUCAGCGCUGACGAGGGAGAGAUAGAGGCUGUGGACCACCAGACCUAUCGUGAAGAUGAGAGAUACAUCUAUAUCAAGUUCGAAGUCAUGGCGGAGGCCAAGACAGCAGCCAGCCGGUUUAGGGAAAUGUUCGCCGCUAUGGGUAUCGCGGUCGAGAUCGAUAUCCUGGAUCAAGGCAGUAAAAAGAUUGAGUUGCGCAUAGGGAAAGCUACUCCACCUGCUCCGGGGCAGCUACGGACUUUGGUGAAACGGCCACCACCUCCUCUGCUAACGUCUGACACUGCUCCCAUCUUCAUAACUGAACUUCAAAACCAAGAGGUGCAGGACGGCUACCCGGUCAGCUUCGACUGUGUUGUUAUUGGCAAGCCAACCCCUACUGUCCGUUGGUUCAAGGAUGGGAGAGUCAUCGAAGAGGAUGACCACUACAUGAUCAAUGAGGACCAGGAAGGCUGCCACCAGCUGAUUAUCACUGCGGUGGUCCCUCUUGACAUGGGGGUGUACCGCUGCCUGGCUGAAAACAGCAUGGGUGUGUCUUCCACUAAAGCAGAGCUCCGCGUGGACUUGACCAGUACUGAUUAUGACACAGCUGGAGACGCGACAGAGACCUCUUCCUACUACAGCGCCAAAGGGUAUUUCUCCAGCCGAGAACAGGAAGGAGUGGAGUCCAUGACCGAGGAGGAACAGCUGCCGCAGAUUAUAGAUGAACUUCAUGAUAUCCAUGUGGCCCCUGGAGCGCCUUUGGCCAAAUUCCACCUGAAGGUGAAAGGGUAUCCACAGCCUCGUCUCUACUGGUUCAAAGACGGGCAGCCGUUGCACGCCUCCGACCGACUCCUAAAGACAGACAAAAGAGAGUUUCAUGCCCUGGAAGUUCUCAAUGUCACCAAGAAGGAUGCUGGUCAAUACUCUGUGUUCAUCAGCAACUCUGCGGGCUCUGCAUAUUCAGCGGCCAGGCUGGUGGUCAAAGGUCCCGGUGAAGAAGAGAAACCAGAGAAAGAGGUUCGUGGACAGCUGGUACCGCCACGAUUCCUGGAAAGAUUUACCAACAAAAAAGUGAAGAGAGGAGUCAGCAUUACCCUUUCUGUGAAAGUCGAAGGAAGUCCACCACCUGCAGUGACGUGGUUGAAGGAAGAAUCUCGUGGAGAAGACAUCCUUUGGAUCAAGUCAGACACUCCCGGGUAUAAACUGGCCAGUUCCAACUUGCAACACAGCCUAAUCUUGUUGGAUGUAAAGAAGGAAUACAGCGGAAACUACACCUGCAUUGCCUCCAAUGAGGCUGGCCAGUCCAUUUGCAGUGCCUCUCUUGAAGUUUUGGAUGUGAAAGAGGCUGAAGUUCUGACCCAGGAGCGUAUGAUGGUGACUGAGGCUCUGAUGACCACACUCGGAGUUGGCAUUUCAGCUCAGCCUCCAGAAGCCAAGAAAGGAGAAAGAGAAAGCAUCAAGGGCCACCUGUCGCUUGCCGAAGUUGGGACGGAGGAAUUCCUGCAGAAACUGACAUCGCAGAUCACGGAAAUGGUAUCUGCAAAAAUAAGUCAAGCCACGCUUCGGGUCCCCGGAGCCGACAGUGAUGAUGAAUCGAAAACACCAUCCGCGUCUCCAAGACAUGGCAGAUCCCGGCCAUCAUCAACGGCUCAGGAGUCUUCCUCUGAGUCUGAUGAAGGGGAUGCGAGAGGAGAGAUUUUCGACAUCUACAUGGUCACCGCUGACUAUACCCCCAUGGGUGCCGACCGGGAAACUAUCACGCUGAAGGAAGGGCAGUAUGUGGAAGUCCUGGACUCUGCUCAUCCUCUGAAGUGGCUGGUUAGGACCAAACCCACCAAGUCCAGCCCCUCCAGGCAGGGUUGGGUUUCUCCGGCCUACCUGGAUAAAAAAUUAAAGAUAUCAGCUGAAUGGGGCAUUCCAGAGGUUCCAGAGUUCCCCGGGGAAUCUGUUUCAGAGGACGACUACAAAAAGAAACUGAGCCUCGUUAUUCAGGAUAUGCUGAACUCAGAGGAGGAGUUUGUAAAGGACUUGCAGUUCCUGCAGACCCAUCACGUCCAGUACACGGAGACCUGCCCCAGCAUCCCGGCCGCUGUUUCCAACCAGAAGUUCAUUGUCUUCAGAAAUAUCACUGAGAUCACUCACUUUCAUUCCAAGUAUGAAUUAAUCCGGAACAAGGCAAGGAGCAACCAAAACUGUGCGCUGCUGGAGCAGGCUUACGCCAUCGUGUCUGCGCUCUCCAGGCGCGCGGAAAACAACCUCCACGUGUCGCUCAUUGAGAAUUAUCCCGGGACCCUCGAAAUCCUCGGGGAGCCCAUCCGACAGGGACAGUUCAUCGUGUGGGAGGGGGCCCCUGGAUCCCGAAUGGCCUGGAAGGGUCACAAACGACAUGUCUUCCUCUUCAAGAACUACCUCUUAGUCUGCAAGCCCAAACGAGACACCAAGACAGACACCUACAGCUAUGGCUUCAAGAACAUGAUGAAGCUAUCAAACAUAGAUGUAAACGAUCUGGUAGAAGGGGAUGACCGGUCAUUUGAGAUCUGGCAUGAGCGGGAAGAUUCGGUCCGUAAAUACGUGUUUCAAGCCCGAACUGUCAUCAUCAAGAACUCUUGGGUGAAGGAAAUCUGUGGUAUCCAGCAUCGCAUCAGCCUGCCGGUUUGGGAUCCGCCAGAGUUUGAGGAGGAACUGGCUGACUGCACAGCCGAACUUGGUGAAACUGUCAAGUUAGCUUGCCGCGUAACAGGAACUCCCAAGCCGGGUGUCACCUGGUAUAAAGAUGGUAAACCAGUGGAUGUGGAUCCUCAUCACAUUGUCAUUGAAGAUCCUGAUGGUUCCUGCACUUUGAUCCUCGACAAUUUGGCGGGUGUCGACUCCGGGCAGUAUAUGUGUUACGCCGCCAGCCCUGCUGGCAAUGCCAGUACCCUGGGAAAGAUCUUUGUUCAAGUUCCUCCUCGGUUCGUCAACAAGGUUAAACAUGCGUAUUAUGCGGAUGGCGAAGACGCGCAGUUUACGUGCACCAUUGAAGGGGCCCCUUUCCCCCAGAUCAGGUGGUAUAAAGAUGGAAAUCUAUUGACUGACCCAAAUAAGCACCAGAGUUUCAGUGAGCAAAGGAGUGGUGUGAUUGUCCUGGUGAUAAAAAAUGCCUGUAAGGACGACGUGGGAUUCUACGAGUGUGAGCUGGUGAACAGACUAGGGACAGCAAAGAGCGGGGCUCAGCUUUACCACCAGAGCGCGGCUGCAUUGGCUCCGGAGAGGAGAGCGGAUCAAGCCAUUACAAUUGAAG